CCGGGACUGGCCCUGGGCCUAGGCUCCUCCCGCCGGCCGCAGUGACAGCAGCAGCCUCCAGCCCCGGAGGGAGGGCUCUUUCCUUCCGUCCCCUCGGCCUCCCGGAGGAGCUCCGCAGCAAAAUGGCCGAGGACUUCGGCUUCUUCUCGGCCCCGGAGAGCGGGGCGCCAGAGGCCCCUUCGGGCGCAGGGAGCGGGGCGCCCUCCGAGGAGGACCCCGCCGCCGCCUUCCUGGCCCAGCAGCAGAGCGAGAUCGCCGGCAUCGAGAACGACCAGGAGCCGGAGGAGCCGGAGGACUUCUUCGGGGCUCCCCAGGAGGCAGGGCAAGCAGCCCCAGCUGAUUUGGAUAUCACAGGUGCCACUGUGAAUGGAGAUGUCUUUCAGGAAUCCAAUGGACCCACAGAUGCCUAUGCAGCCAUUGCCAGAGCUGACCGAUUGACACAAGAACCUGAAAGCAUUCGCAAAUGGAGAGAGGAGCAGAAAAAGAGACUGCAGGAGUUGGAUGCUGCUUCCAAGGUGUUAGAACAAGAGUGGCGUGAAAAAGCCAAGAAGGACCUAGAAGAGUGGAACUUAAGGCAAAACGAACAAAUGGAAAGGAACCGGGCCAACAACAGGAUUGCUGACAAAGCCUUUUACCAGCAGCCGGAUGCCGAUGUGAUUGGCUACGUAGCUUCAGAGGAAGCCUUCCUGAAGGAGUCCAAGGAAGAGACGCCUGGCACUGAAUGGGAAAAAGUAGCUCAACUGUGUGACUUCAAUCCCAAGAGCAGCAAGCAGUCCAAGGAUGUCUCCCGCAUGCGCUCAGUGCUGAUCUCCCUCAAACAGACACCCCUGGCCCGCUAGCCUAGACGAAAAUGGGGCUGGGGCCGGGGUGAGGAUGCAGGUUGCUCUUUGACAUGCAGGCUUAGCUGCAGCACAACAAGCUUGGAUGACCACCAGUAAGGGGACACCAAAGCAUCCCACUCCUGCCCCUUCCUUUCUCUUUCUCCUCAGUAUGUUUGCGUCACUCAGGUUGGGUGGCUGCCUGCCUGUACCCCUCCCCUUGAUUUUACUUUGCUUAAAAGGGUGCAUUGGUAUCUUUUUACAUAUAUUUAUUAAUGGUGUGGUUCCUUGGGCAAUUGCCCUUUUUGGUUCCCACCCCUGCUGCCUUCUGGAAAGGUCACGCCCUGCUUCAGUGUUUCGGGCCGGGGGGGGUGCAUUCACAGGCUUCCCAGUCCCCAAGGCCUUCAGACCUGAUCCUUAUAUGCUGUCAAACAUGGCCGGUAUUAUAGGUUAAAAAAAAUUAAAUACUAUUACUUUUCUGUACCAGAUCUUGAAGGCAGCAUCAAAUCUGAGCUUGAAGCUGCAAGCAGGAGUUCCAAGUUGGAAUCCUAGCUCUGCUUGUAAUUCCAGCAAUCAUUAAUGGUGACUCUCAGGAGCUGCCUGCAGGUAGUGAGUUGGAACUCGGUAGCGAUUCUCAGAUGGUGCAAUGACAGCCUUGGCACAGACAGGAGAGAAUACUCUGUAAGGAAGCAACAAUUUCAAUGAAAAGUGUGCAAAAAGGGAGAGAAAGUUAUGAUGAAAACAGAACUCUAGACUCAGUGUAUCGAAAGUCUAAUGAAGAAUCUGAAAGUAAGAUCUGUCUUAAGUGAUGAAAGAGUCCUGGGGAGAGGGGGACACCAAUGUCCAAAACUAGUUGCUAAUUCCAAGUUGAGCAGGUCCUACAAAGCAAUGGGAAGUAAGUGUUACCAUUUGUUAUUUGCAUCAAUUGGGUCUGCCCUAGUAAGGAUUAUCCAUUGGAUUUAGUCUGGGAUAGGGAUUGUCUUGCUUUCCAGAUGUUGUUGGUCUGCAAUUCCUAGUAGCUCUAACUAGGUAACCGAGGAAUCCUGGGAGUGACAGUCCAACAGUAUCUGGAGGGCCAUACAAUUACCAUUCCUGAUUUAGGCCCCUGCCAUUAGAAUAAGAUCCAUGGUUGAAAAUAAUGUUAUCUUUCUCCUCACAAAAUAUCCUUGAAUACAAGAUACAUGGGAUUAGAUGACAAGAAGAAUAUAGAAUAUAACUCCAAGCAGCGUCUUUUAUUCAUGUACACUCCUUAAUUUGGACUGUUCCAUAUUUGGUUGGGAAACACUAAAUGCAGGGACCUGGUGUGGAUUUUACAAAUAUUUUCUUGCUGUGAUUGCCUUUUGGACUGUCUACUUCUUAGUGAAGACAGGUGAAAGGAGAGCAUGGUUCCCCUCAAGAUCAUUGUGUGAGUCUGUAAACAUUUCAGCAUCUAAGGAGACCAGAGCUAAUUUUCUUACUAUCACACCUAUAAAGUCAAAUACUGUAAGUCACAGCACACACAUUAGCAUGUUUCCUCAGAAUUAAGUGUCACAGAAUUCAGUGGAGCUUAUCUCCAUUGCAAGUAUGCUCAUUGUAGGAAACCUCAGAGGAAAGCAAAGGCAACCCCCCCCCCCCGAAGAAAUCUUGCCAAGAACCAGUGACAGGUUUGCCUUAGGGUCACCACAAGUUGAAAACAACUUGAAGGCACACAACAAGUAUGCUUAGGAUUGCUCUCUUGAAUGUUUGGCAGUUUCUUCUGGAAGUUGAAUCUCUAAUCUGGGGUAAAUAACUUGUGGUGCUCCAGAUGUUUCUAGUCUUCAGUUCCUGCCAACUGUAACUUGUAUAGUCAGUGGCAUUGCAGUAAAAAUAAAAACAUCUGGAGGGUCAGUUAUUCACUCCUGUUCUGAAUUUUCUAAGAUAUACUGUCUCUGGCAUGCUGUAAGUGAUGCCCUUGCCGCCAUAUUGAUUUCCCAACCCAUCUAAAAAGUAGAAAUCCGAUAAAUGUGAGGCAUUAGCUACACUGAAAACAACCCCUUCUCCUGAUGCUGUGUCACCACCUGCAGCAGGUGUCAGUGGUUUUUCUGUUAUUUGUUCCUUUCUGGUAUAUUUCUGGCUUCUGCAGUCUCCUCCCUUGUAACUGAAGGGGAGCUAAUAGAAUAUUGCAGUUUCUCCAUUGGGGAUAUAUUCUGAUAUCAAGGGCCACUUCGCUUCUUUAGUGAAGAUUCUUCACCUUCACAAGAGGUCCAAAAUGUAGAAAUCUUGAAGACAAUUAGGAAUAUACAAAACCCCCCCCCCCUGGUUUUGUUGAUCUCCAUCUUUUAGCAUUCUGUGCUGUUGGCUAUGUUGACUAGGGCUGCUGACAUCAUUUCCACCCCUGCUUUAAGACCACAGCGGUCCUGUGUGGCUGUGAGACAGUUUGGGAUGUAUGUUCAAUUAGAAAGCUCUGGCUGUCAGUCUUAACCUGGUAUUGCAGGGGUGUGCAAUAUAUGAUCCUUCAGCUACUGUGGCACUGCAGCUCCCAUUAUCCUUUACCAUUGGCUAUGUUGGACAGGGCUGACAACAUCUGGAGGGGCACAGGUUUCCCACCACUGGUGUAUUGGGACUGAAACCUAUGAGCCUGGGAAAACAACUAUGGCAGGGAUAGCAACAUUUGGCUUUCCAAAUGUUUUGGACUACAAUCCCACAAUCUCUUUCCAUUGGCUAUGUUGACUGGGACUUCUGGAAUUGAAUUCCAAAAGAGCUGGAAGGCCAAGAGUUCCUCAUGCUGCCAUAAGGGUAAUAUACAUGGUUUAUCUGGCUCCGGCUGGUUUUAGAGAUUGCAGAUUUGCUAGUCAUUUCUAUACAUUUCUGUUGUUGAGUGUGCUUAAUUUACCAUACAAUCACUUUGUGAUAGCAUGUUUCUACAGUGAAGCAUUUACAAGAAAGAAACCUACAAGUAAAACUGAUGCUCCUAAUCAAGAGAUUUCUUUCAAGCAUUUUCUCCGAUAUACUAACUUUUGAACUUGCCACAUAUAUGCUGUGUCAUGCCAGUGCCUCAUCCUGCAAAAAUGAUGCAGUAGGAACCAUUCUAUAAAGAGGGGGUAAUAUGGCCCUCCACAUGUUGGUCUGUGACUCCCUUCAGCAAUGACCUGAUAACAAAUGGUGAAGGAUAAUGGGAGUUAUAGCCCAGCAGCCUCUGGAGAACAUCUUGUUUGUACCCUGCAUUUGAAUGUUUACUAAAAAGAGCUGGCCUAUGCCUUGGCAUGUUCUAGAGCAGUGAGUCCCAAACUUUGGCCUUCCAAAUGCUUUGGACUUCAGCUUCCAGAAUUCCUGGCUGUUGACCAAGAUGACUGUGGCUUCUGGGAGUUUAAGUCCAAAAUAUGUGGAGGACCAAAGUUUGGGAAUCCCUGUUCUAGAGCAAGGGAUAGGUACAGUAUUACCAUUGGGGAGAAGCAGCUCCUUAAGGUAAGAUGUUUAAUAAGCUUCAUUCAUUUAUUUAGAAGGAGCCCCAGAAGGGUAGGAAGGAGAACUUAUACAAGGGCCCAGCCUUGUAAUAUGUUUGAAUCCUGGCAGGAUAGAACUCAAACCUCCCUGUCUCCAGUAGAUCUUUCUCCUGCAUGUCCUGGGCCCAUGCCCUGUUGUCAAAGGUGCUUUGAUUUGAAAUAUAAAAAUUGUGGCUCUUGCACUACAUCUUUGGGGCUGUUGUAGCUAGAAAACAGAAGUACAGAGAAAAUAUAAUACCUUGACAAGUUUGUAUUCUAGGGAUGUUUCCUUUGGGUAGUUUGUUAUGCCUUCAGAAUCCAAAGCAUGGGAUGAACAACCCAUGUGUAAAUCUGGAAGCGAUGGAGACAAAGAAGGGGCACAGAUCCCAGACUGGUGGCAGCUGCCCCUUCCAGCUACAAUGAAGAUGGCACCCAGAUGUUACCAGGCAGCAAUAAUGGACUGACCAGUCAUCACACGCCAUAGAAGCUGAGCUAUUCACUCAUGCCAUCUGGUAUCACAGGAGUAACAUUUUCACAGGAGUCUAGAAGCAAGAAACAGCCUCUGUUUGGAAUUGCCUGGUCAGCCCCCAAAGUUCACCACCACCCCAUCCUGUGCCCUGGGGGGCAGCAGCUAAGCUGGGGUGGCACUUGGGGGAGAGCAAGGGCUUUACCUGCAGCUGUCCUGUCCCAGCCUGCCCCCAAGCUUUAAGAUCUGUGACUUUGUUAAACCAUCUGUCAUCAAUAAACUGCCACUACUUCAGACACAGAAUAAAGAGUCACAGAAGCCUUUUCUUUC